ACAGAGAGGAGGGAUAUGUAAAUAAAUUUUUAUCUUUUCCCUUUAAUUAAGUCUGGUCUAGUUUAGGAAUUAAAUAAAGCUACUACUAUAGCUCUUAUCCUAACCUGUACAAAAAAAACAGAAAAUAUUACCAUCUAUCUAUCUAGGCUAGAUGCAAAAAAAUAUCACAAUAGAAAACAAAAAAUAAUUUUUUGACCAGAAAAAAAAAACAAUAAUGGAGAGGUCUAAUAAUUAUACUUUCUAUAAUAAGAUAGUUUGGUCAUUGUUUGUGGUGUUGGCAUUGGCGGCCCCAACCUUAGCGGCGAACGAAACCGUUGAAGUUGCCGUUGACCACGACGGCGUGUGGAGGCUACGCGAGGCGGAGGCGAGAGUAAAUGCCCUCAAGGCUUACCAUCCUAACCCUGAAAAUGUUACCAAAGAGUUCGCUGCAAAAGUAAAAAUAUCAAUGGAUGAGACAUUUGGAGGGCUAGAGAUGAAUGGCACGAGAAGGGAGUUGAGAAGAGCCGAGGGUGGCGGAUGCGCGGCCACCAACCCUAUUGACAAGUGCUGGAGAUGCAACGCCAAUUGGGCUGAAAACCGCCAAAGGCUGGCGGAUUGCGCCAUGGGGUUCGGCAAGGGAACCACCGGAGGAAAGGGCGGCGCGUACUACGUCGUCACCGACUCCUCCGACGACAACGUGUUGGAACCGAAGAACGGAACCCUCCGCCAUGCCGUGAUCCAGAAGGAGCCCUUGUGGAUCGUCUUCUCCCAGAGCAUGACCAUCCGUCUCUCCCGAGAGCUCAUCAUGCAAGGAGACAAAACCAUCGACGGUCGUGGAAGCACCGUUCAAAUCGCUGGCGGUGCAGGUAUAAAGAUCCAGUUCGUAAAGAACGUCAUCAUCCACAGCAUCAAAGUCGGCGACAUCAAAGUGACAAGCGGCGGUUGGAUCAGAGAUUCCAUCGACCACAAAGGAGUGAGGGCCGGCGACGAAGGAGACGGAAUCAGCAUCUUCGGAUCCAACCACAUCUGGAUCGACCACGUGUCCAUGCACAACUGCGCCGACGGAAUCAUCGACGCCGUCGCGGGCUCCACCGCCAUCACCAUCUCCAACUGCCACUUCACCGACCACGACAAGGUCCUGCUGUUCGGCGCCAACAACCAGGACCCCAUCGACAAGGUCAUGCAAGUAACUGUCGCUUUCAACCACUUCGGGAAGAGGCUCCACCAGAGGAUGCCUCGUUGCAGGUGGGGCCUCUUCCACAUAGUCAACAACGACUACACCCACUGGGAGAUGUACGCCGUCGGAGGGUCCGCCGGCGCCACCAUCAUCAGCCAGGGCAACAGGUACAUUGCGCCCCCGGGGAACAACUUCUUUAAGGAGGUCACCCACCGUGACUGCCCCGAUGACUCGUGGAAGUCGUGGACGUGGGUGUCCUCCGGCGACGUUUUCCAGAACGGCGCUUUCUUUAAGCCGUCGGGAGACCCCAACGGCGCGGAGAAGUACGGGCACAAGGACAUGGUGGACGCUCGAGCCGGCAGCGCCGUGCCGGAGAUCACAAUGUAUGCCGGUCACCUCUCUUGCACUCCCAAAGUCCCAUGCUAAUUAAUCAAUCUCUGACCUCGUCAUUAAUGGUUUAUUUGAACAAUUAACGAGUGAUUAAUUGAUUAAGAUGUACGCAAUCCCACUUUAUGUCUUUAUCUACUUAGUUACGUUUUAAACUUUUAUUAUGUGUAGUAUGUUUGUUCGGUUGUAUUUCCAUUUAUAGUCACACUUUAAUGUAAACAUUAAUAAGAAGGGAAAUUUAUCUC